GACUCUGUUCGCCACCACCAACGCUUCGCCCGCCGCACGAGUCCGUCCGUACAUUAUAAUAAUAAUAUAUAAGAGACGCAACAUGCUCCGUCCGUCAGUGGCGACCCCACUGAUGUAGCGACAUUUACCUCCCGCUAUCGAUUUUCCCGGUCCCGCGAAUCCAACAGUUGUGCGUGGGCGCCAUCCCACCGACCCCGACCCGACCCACCCUCGCUCUCGACAUCUGAAAGUGAGACUGCGCCGCCACCACCGCCACCACCAUCCUCCUCCAACCGCGAUCGCCCACACCCCUCUAUACAGCGCUUCUUCACUCGUAUCACAGAUCAACCCUCGGACGACCCAGACGACCCGAAUUCAUACUGUCUAUACGCAAUCGGUAUUUCCGUGACGUUGACGUUUAUUGCGAGUUUGAACAUAUUAUAUCUCCGUCAUCAGGGAAAACGGUAAUACUUAGAAACCGAUAUAUUUUAUUAAAUGAUAAGUAUGAGUUGUGAUCAAUUGGAGCAAAUACGAAAAUCUGAAUCAACAGAUAUCAUGGAACCAUUGGAACCACCAGUUAUCGUGGAAUCAUUGGAACCAUCAGAUAUCAUAGAACCACUGGAACCAUCAGAUAUCAUAUCAUAUAUAAUACACAAAGAAGGAAAAAAGUAUGAUGUUAUUUUAAAGACAUCAGAUGGAAAUGAAAUUUAUGUCCAUAAAAGUAUUUUGGCAUCCGCUAGUGAAUAUUUCGAAAAAAUGUUUGGUGGGGGGUUCCAAGAAAGCACUCAAGAUGUUAUCGAAAUAAAAGAUAUAAGUGUUGAUGUUUUGAAUUGCUUAAUCAAUUUUAUAUAUACUAAGGAAUUGGAUACAAUCAAUAGUGAUAAUGCUGAAGAAAUAUUGAACGGAGCUGAAUUUUUACAAUUAGCUGAUGCUCGAGUUGAAUGCGUCAAAUUCUUUACAGAAAAGCUGAUGAAUGACGACAAUUAUUUGUCGAUUAAAGACAUGGCCGAUUUCAGAGACAUCACUGAGUUGUCUCAAAAUUGUAUAAAAUAUGCUCUAUCACGUUUCGAAUUUAUAUCCGACCUUCCAUCUUUUCUUGAUGAAGUAGACAUAGAACUACUAAUACAAUUGAUCAAUGACGAUAAUUUGAAUGCCUCAUAUGAAGUAGAUGUGUAUACAGCUGUCAUGGAUUGGGUAAAGCAUGAUCUAAGUGACCGAGAAUAUUUAUUACCAGGUUUGUUGAGUCUUGUUAGACUAGUAUUCAUUCCAACAAGGCAUCUGAUAAAUGAAAUGAAAGUAGAACCACUUAUUUAUUCUAAUCCUGAAUGUUUAGAGCUUUUCAACAGAGUAAUUGAUCAUUAUAAUUUUGAAUAUGGAGAUCCAUUAUCAAAGAUAAUAACAGGAGUAAGACCAAGAAAAAAUACUAAGAAAUUUAUCUACGAUACAAUGGAAAACCCACGUGCUGUAUUUAAGAUACCGGGUAGUACAAUUAAAAAAGAUACAAUAAAUCUUUUUUCUUUUUUAAAUCUUGACGGAAAUUAUUCUUCUGACAUUAAUACUGCAGAAUGGGAAGCAGGAAUGAAUGAAAUAAAUUUUACUACGCCUUGGUACGAAGGCUGGCAAAGUUUGUUUAGUGCUGAUGACAUUAGCAGAGACGAUGACUUAAUAUGAACAUAAUUUUCCACUCAAUAAACAAACACAAAUACAUUUCAUGUUUAUUUAAAUUUUUUAACUAAACAAUUAUUAUAUUAUACAAUACAUUAAUACAAUAUGAUAAUAUAUUAUAUAUUAAAAUGUGUGAUAAAUAAGAAGUAUAAUUAGACUUUAAUGCCCUUAUCGUAUCUGCCCAAGUAGAUUCUACUGUAUUUAUAAUUGUAUAAUAACACCUAACCGGAUAUACUAAUGUAUCUCUUCUUAGGUACGUAUAAGGGCGGAUCCAGACAUUUUCCAAAGGAGGGGAGCAUAUAAUAAAAAUUAUUAUACCUAGAUAUUUAGAUAUAAACAUACAUAUAAUUUAUAUUUAUGUUAUAAUAUCUUAUUUUUUAUUUCAUUUGGGGGGCACCACCUUUGCCCACUCCCUUGGAUCCGCCCCUUAUUACGAAGGUUAUACAAAUAGACACUCAUUGUAAUAUGUAGAUACUAGAUAUAUAAAUUACUAUUAAUUUAUAUUGACAAUUAAAAUAAUUUAAUAAACUUAUCAUUUAUAGUUAUUACUUACCAACUAAACAUAGUUGUUUUGUAUAGUUCAGAAAUGAUAUAAAAUGUCAAUUCUCAAUCGCAUAGUAUAUAUUGAGUAUGUAGUUGUUUUAAAAUUAAAAAAUAUUAUACAAUUAUUUACGUAAAAAACCUUUAAUAAUUUUCCUAAAUAUAGAUAAUAUUAAUUAUUGUGAAACAAAUUAUUAUUGUUUGUUCAGAUAUUUCUGAUAAAUUAUCUAUCUAGCAAAGAUUCAUUAUAAAUUUAUAAAUUUUUAAUUAAUUCGUAUUUUAAGUUCGGAAUAUUCGUUUAAAAUUUAAAUAAGUACAUUGGUAACAUUCACAAUUUAUAUACUAUGCAUUUUUUAUUUUUUUUAUUUUUAUUAACUAUUACAG